AUGCAAGCUACCUCUAGCAAAGAAGCGAUCGGCCAAGAGAGCAAAAACAGGCCUCAGUCCCUCCGCCAUUUCGAAACAGCUGGGAAGAAACUCAAAGUCGAGAACCUCGGGACCAUCCUCAAUCGAAUCUUUAGGCUGCAAACGAACCGUUUGCGUGCCACCUCUGAGACUGGAGACUCUCGAGACUUUCAAAAACUGGUAGCAACAUUCAAAAAGCAGAAAUGUUGCUCCCUCAAAAGAAUCAUCAAAAAGAUGCGCAAACGUGCUGUUCCUGAGCCUCUAGUAAAGCUUCGACCAACUCAGGGUCCUACCAACAACAUGAACGACGAGAAUGACGAUGAACCCCCUCUGCUUGCAUUGUGUUCUCACACAUUCACGCAAGAUGAAAGAGACAGACUCAGCAAAAAGCACAAAGAACUCAAACAACAUGAGCGAGACCAACAGCGCCAGCGCCAGCAGGAAGAGCGUGACAACGUCAACCCCGCAACUGAAGAACAAGUGGUAUCGCUGGCACGCCGAGAGCAAGAAGCCCCGAAUUCUUUCAUCACCAGCCCCGUUCUCGUCCCUGCAAUCGAAGAACCUGAACUUCAAGUUUGGUCCAAGGGCCUAAACAAAAGGCCAUAUCGUUCGGCGGAUCCUACAAUGCUCAACCCGACCUGGGCGCCGAAGAGAGAUUCUCCGAGCCCUCUGUGCCCUCUGUGCCCUCCAAGACGCUCCGCCUCGCGAAGAUCAAGGAAUGGCUGGAGCGAGGAAGAUCUUUCGUUCCGAGACCUGCUGCGUAGCAUGCUUGACGAUGAAACACUAGAACGGGUCCUUAGAGAAGAUGCUGCCACAGAAGAGGGAGAAGCUGCUGCUGCUUCAGCAAGCAGCAAAAUGGAAAACGAGAAAUUAAGAGAAAUCAUGUAUGAAAUGGUGGACAAUGUAGUUGACAAAACUGUGGAUGAAGUUCGCCGCGUGGAAGCAAGAAGCAGGGAGCGGAGGUUGUCAAGGGACAGUGAAGCAGGGAGGAAUAAAGUGACAGCUUCACAAGCAAAUGGUGAAUCGGAGAGCACGGGCAGUCUCACUGCCCUCCACAGUUGUGAGCCAAAAGAGAUCAAUGAACUGUUGCACGGCCUGCUUAAUGACCUCUUGGAAAUUGUUAUUGCUGAUGAGGUAGACCUGAGUGACGAUGUUCGCCAAAGGGUUAAGGAAACAGUGUUAUUCCGGAAAAGAAAAUUAUUUGGAACAGAGGAAUGA